AUGUCGAGCAUCACACUCAAGCUCUCGUCUCUUGUCAUAAGGACGCUAUCAAAACCUAUAGCAAACCAAAUCAAAGCACAAGCUCGUGAACAUGAACGGUUUCGUCGGAUAUGCGUGUCGUUCGCGCAGACAGUACAUCGCAUUGACAUGCGGUUAAGGCUCGGCCUGCUCCAGAACACUGCUGCUCUUGAAAAGCAAGCUGCCCGUGAAGCCGCUGAAGCACACGCUAAGAAGAUAAAACUUCAAACACCGACGGUUAAGACGGAGGCCCAGACGAAGGCAGAUGAGUUACUUAAAGCAAAAGAGAAAGCCGCAGGAGGUGCGGUUAAGGCUCCGCCAAUUCCUCGGAUUCGACCGCUGUCUGAAGGAAAAGCAAUCGACAUGGGAGCAAAUUUCAUCAGUGAGACAUUCCUAUUCCUUGUUGGAGGCGGAUUGAUAAUAUUCGAAUCGUUCCGGUCCCGGCGGAAAGAAACAUCAAGGCGGGAAGACGUUGCCGAGCGUCUGGCGGAGCUGGAAGAGUCGGAGAAUGCUGCACGCGCUGCUCUGAUCGUCCUAGAGAAAGAGGUUCUCCGGCUGCAGUCCCAGCUUGAGAAGCGCCCCGUUAAAGAACUAAAGCGGGUUCUGCCAAAGGAAAUAUGGCACGUCGAGGAGGAGCCCGAACCAGAGCCAGAGCCUUCGCUUCUCGCAACCAUCUCUUCCUACUUCCAGUGGCCAAAAGUAGGCAGCGAUACUACGACCACUACUACGAGACUAGAACCGCAGCCCCCUCAACAGGCUCCAGCGCAAGCUCCAUCUCAGCCAAACGUGGCUGCUUCAUCUACUCCUUUACCAAAGAAAUAA